AUGUCGUUCCAUCCGCAGACGCCACAGAGCCCCUCGCAACCAUCGCCAGCCACGCACCUCGACCCCAUGGCCGCCGCCAGCUCGGUUCCCACCGGUCCGGCAACCCUUCCCACGCCCGCGCACAGCGUUACCGGCAGCAUCUGCCACCAGUCCGACGCCACCAUGGCCGAAGAGUCGCCCCAUAAGCGGAAGCGCACGAUCGACGAUGUCGGUGAACGGGACCAGAAGAAGGUCCAAUACGACCACAAGCUGGGAAUCGAGGACCUGCAUCUCGACGUCGGCCCCAAGUACUUGUUGCUCUCAAGACCUCAUGACCACCAGUUCCCCGUUCUGACACGGGAUCUGUACGAGGACUUUAACUUGGAACGCCUAGCAGCGGAAGUAGCACGAGAAAAGCCCAACGGCGAGAAGAAUGCCCUACGCAAAACGUACAAGGGACAUAUCAAGCGCCUCGGCGUUGCAGGGCACUUUGACGUGCAGAAAAAGAAGGAGGACGCGCCCUCGGAGUUCAUGGCCAUGCUGCAGAUGCCCGAGCUGGAAUGGAGCGUGCACCAGGUUAGGGGCCGCGAGAUUGGUGACGGCCUGUCCGAGGCGACGCAGGCGAGCCUGGGGCGCGCCGUGACUCUCUCGAGGGGUCAAAUUGCCCGAUCCGUCUGGGACACCUCUGUCCUCGGAGACAUGGCCCCUAGCCACAGCAGCAAUAACGUCAAUGGGGAAACAAGCAAGCCUAGUGCGGGCCCGGCCAAGGCGACCGCGCCAAGCACCCCCGCCGCCGCCACGACGCCGUCCGCGAUGGAUCGGCCCCGGGGGAGCAGCAACCUCCCACCCGGCGCGGACCCUGCCCGCCCUCGCAGGAACAUCAAGAAGCGGACGUACGGUGAUAGUAGCUACGAGGGCUACGGCGAGGGAUUCCCCGAUGACGACGGCGGUGCUGACACGGGGUACUCUACUGGAGAAGGCGAAGGCGGACAGAAGCGUAGGAAAAAGCAGCAGCAGACUUCGGGAGCUACGCCUCCGUAUCCUCCGGUCCGGCAGCACAGCUACGGCCCCGGCAUGGUCGGCGCAUAG